GCUCGGCACGGCUCAGCACGGCUCGGCUCAGCCGGCGCCGCUGGCCCCGCUGGCUGCGCGGGCCCGCCGAGGAAUCCCAGGAAUGAGGGAAUUCUGCGGCGAGCAGGUGGGGAGCGCCGCCCGCCCCCAUUGGCCGGCCGGCCGUGACGUCAGCGCAAUUAGGGUAAUGAGGCGCUGGCGUCACAUCCUCGCAGCAGGAAAAACUACAGGGAAACAGCACCAAACUGAACCUCCGGGAAAACAACAAGAAACCCUCUCUCAAGAGCAAAGCGCUUCUCAAAAGCAGAACCGCGCGUUCCGAGUCACAGCGGCUCGGUGUCCCCAGGCGCGAGUGACGAGUUUCAGAGCUGCUGCGAGCGGAUGGGGCUCACAUCCCCGUCCUCCGCGCGAUGUGACGGGAAUUGCCGGGCGCAGCUUUCCUGUUUACUGCUCGCUCUGCAGCGGGGUUUCACCGAAUCGCUGCUCCCGACGUGACUCACCCGGCCUGGGAGGAGCUGCCGGCAGCCGGGCUUGGGUGAGAGCGCAGCUGAGCCCUCCCGGUCACCGACGUGCAGGGCCGGAGCUCCCCGGCCCCGCUGCCCAAGCCGCGGUGUUCCAUUUCCAUCCGUGCCGCACACCGCGCUGCUGGGCAAGGAUGGCGCCCGUUCCCACCGUGCCAGCACAGCCCCGGGCAUUCCCAUGCCAAGGUGCCAUUUCCAGCAAUUCAGGGGCAAGUCCUGCUAAAAGUCUGGCUGGUUUUAGCAAAGUUACAAAUCAAGCUGUCGGGCAGCUUGUGCAUCUCCGGAGCCACUUCCCCAAAGCCAAGGCCGGGUUUCUCCAAGGUGCCCUGAAGAACCUGCGAGUGCUGCUCCCAGAAAUUAUUCCAGAGCAGGAGAGGAUGUGGGGAAGUGCUGCAGUGAUCUCCUGGUGGCCACACUGACAUCAGUCACCAAACAGUCCCAGAACGGGACAUUUUAUCCUCACGUGGCCUCAGGCAGCUCUUGGAGUGCAUUGCAAAGGCAAAGAAAAGGACAAUAAAUCAACCUGAGCCCCUUGAGGAGCCUUGGGGUUUGUGGUGGAACCCAGAAAGAGCACAGGGCAGCAGAAACACAGAGUGUUUCUAUGGAAUUCUGCUCAGGGCGUUCCUCCCGUGCAGCUCCUCCUCCCUCGCUGUGACAAUAAACGCACCGAUGAAUAAAUAAAUCAACAAAUAAACAAACAAAAGCUGGGAUUUGUGCAGGAAAUGGUGCAGGGAGCAGGGCUGGAGAGCCAGGGCUGUGGGAGGUGCGGGGCAGGGAGCGGCCGGGGUGACCCCACACACCCUGCGCUCGGAUUCCUGCAGAGCCCAGACCCGGCAAGGCUCCGUGCUCUCCAGCUCCCACCUAAAAGUCCAUCGAAAUCAUGCUGACACUGAAGUAUUUUCAUAUCCUCGCAAGGACAGGUCAUGAGAUCUCCGGGCCACCAAAAGCUGGCCAAAAGCACAUUCCAAACCUAAAUUAAAUCCAGAUUUAGACUCCACACACUCAGGAUAUCAAAUAGGAAGGCUUCAGUUGAUAAAACAAAUUAAAUGCAUGCAGCAUCAGAACAACCAUGAGCAUAAUUUUACACAUGUUGCAAAACCUUCAUCUGUAACAUGUAUAACAAUAAAAA